UGAGGUGUGGAAAACAAUAAUACAUUUAGUCAUGAUUUCCGGUUCCGCUGGCCCCGCCCCCUCUUCCCAAACACGUGGAUCUCUUCCGGGUUCUUCAUCCUUUGUUCUCUGUUCGUCAGCAGCCCAGAAGCGGGAGUGUUGAUAAAGCUGUAAGAGAGCUGCAGCAGCAGCAGUUGAUGAACUCUGGAAAGAAGUCCAGCAGCUUGAGGAACAUCUGGUCAAAGAAACUGGAGGGAAGCAGGAGCUCAAACAGCGGCAGGACGCAGCAGAGGAAGAGACACCAGAUGAUGGAUGAUGUUUUCCAGCCCAGAUUAGAUUUUAAAGAAGAGGCUCCUGAAGAACAGAGUCCUGAUAUGGACCAACAGGAGCUGGAGCUCCUCCACAUAAAGGAGGAAAGUGAAAGAAUCUGGGCCAGCCAGGAUGGAGAGCAACUGAAUGUGAAGGAGGAGACUGAUGAUACCAGGUUUCCAGUAACUGUUGUUCAUAUGACGAGUGAAGAGGAUGAAGAGAAACCUCUGUUCUCUCAGCUUCAUCAACACCAGACAGACGACAGAGAUCUUCCAAGCAGCAGCUCAACUGACCAGAUAAAAGCAGAAAUUAAAGUAGAGGACUGUGGAACAUCAGAAACCAGCAUAAACCCAGAUCUAAAUACUCAUGGAGGCUUUUCCAACUAUUCACUGACUAAAGACAGUGAAGAUGAUGAAGAGGAUGUGAAGCAUCAUGAAUCUGAGCUUAAACACUUGUCAGACUCUGAAACUGAAGACAGUGAGGAUGAUGAAGAGGAUGAUGUGAAGUAUCAUAAAUCUGAGCUUAAACACUUAUCAGACUCUGAAACUGAAGACAGUGAGGAGGAUUGGAAGGAGAGCAGGACUCCAGGGUCAGGCAGAAACACUGUCAACAAAUCUUUGAGCUGCUCUGAGUGUGGGGGAAAAUUUGCUAACAGACGCUCUCUUCAGAGUCACAUGACAUGUCAUCCAAGAUUAACGUCUUCAGAUUGUUCCGGUAAUGAGACUUGUUUCAGAGAAAAGAAAAUUAUAGAUUCACUGACAAAUGUCCAGAAAGGUAGUAAAACGUUUAAUUGUGGUGAGUGUGGUCAAGGUUUUACCAGGAAAUAUAAUUUAAAACAACACACAAAAGUCCAUACUGGGGAGAAACCCUUUAGUUGUGAUGCAUGUGGAAAAAGAUUUGCCUACAAGUCAAAUUUAAACAUACACAUGAGAAUUCACAAAGGAGACAAAGCCUUUGGUUGUGAUGCAUGUGGAAAAAGAUUUGUGCAGAAGUCAACUUUAGAUAAACACAUGAGAAUCCACACAGGAGAUGAACCUUUUGUUUGUGAUGCAUGUGGUAAACGAUUUGCAGUCAAAUCAAAAUUAAACACACACAUGAGAAUUCACACAGGAGAUAAACCUUUUGGUUGUGAUGCAUGUGGAAAAAGAUUUGUCUUCAAGUCACAAUUAAACACACACAUGAGAAUCCACACAGGAGACAAAGCCUUUGGUUGUGAUGCAUGUGGAAAAAGCUUUGUGCAGAAGUCAACUUUAGAUAAACACAUGACAAUCCACACAGGAGAUAAACCUUUUGGUUGUGAUGCAUGUGGAAAACGAUUUGCAGUCAAGUCACAACUAAACACGCACAUGAGAAUUCACACAGGAGACAAACCUUUUAGUUGUGAUGCAUGUGGAAAAAGAUUUGCCUGGAAGUCAUAUUUAGACAAACACAUGAAAAUCCACACAGAAGACAAACCCUUCGCCUGUGAUGCAUGUGGAAAGAGAUUUUCCUGGAAGUCAUAUUUAGAUAGACACAUGAAAAUCCACACAGGAGAUUAACAUUUGCUUGUGAUGCAUGUGGAAAAAGUUGUGCUUCAAAAUCAUAUUUAUACAAACACAUGACAAAUCCACACAGGAGAGAAAAAACAUUUGGUUCAGAUGCUUGUGGCAACUUCUUUGCCUUCAAGUCAUCUUUAAACAUACACACAAGAAUCCAAACUGGAGAGACACUUUUUUGAUGAAAUAAAAGAUAAACCCUU